AGCUCAUUAACUUCUCCAGAAACUGAACCUGGCUGAUGGAGGCUUUUUGCGGUGCUUCUGACUGAGCCCAGCCCAGUUUGAUGAACUUGUUGUCGAUGUCGGCUGUAGGAUUUUCCCUGGGACACCCACAACAGGCGAUACAUCACAAUCACGCCCCCACAAGAGCAAGCUUCUGAUUGGUUAACGUGGCGCGAAUGUGUAUUGUAGUUUAGAUUUUUCGAACUCAAGUGAUUCGCGCAAAACACGUUAAGCAUUUCAAACUCGCAAAACGCUCAAUUCGGGCCGCGCCAUUCGUGCAAUUUGCGCCGCACAAUGUCUAUACGCGCGUUUGCAUUGAUUUAACAUGUAAAUCACUCGCGCUUGAUGCGCGUUCCGCGCCUGUUGUGAAUGCAGCAUAACAAUCACUUAGUGUGAACUAUCGAAGACACAAUCUGCGAGAAUCAUCAAUGGGUCGCCAACAGUGCAUCACAAUGCAUUUGCUACACAAGACAUUCGAUUAUCAUUCAAACAAUUUACGUUUAUAUUAUAUACUCAUGUAGUAUUUAUAUAUUAAUUAAUGUAAAGGAUGAAGGAAAAUGACGACUUUUACCAAUAGAUGUUCUUUAGUUAAUCAAAACAUAAUUUUAAUAAUAAUUGGCGGUUCAUUCCUCUGUGGCGACCCGAGAUUAGUAAAGGGACUAAGCUGAAAAGAGAAUGAAUGAAAAAUUGCCACGUAAUACGAUAUGUCAAACAUUGUACUUCAAAAUAAAGGUUUUCUUUUAAUAACAUUUACCUGUCAAUGUUUGAUUUGACUCGUCCAAUUAGAAUUACGCACCAUCAUCAUGAAAUAACUUCACUGUCUUUUAAGUGAGGGUUUUUGUUCUGGCUCAACAAAAUGCCUCCUAUUAAGGUGUUUUUCUGAUGUUCUACCCUGGUACAAAUGCGUGAAGGAGAGCAGUUCCAGCAAAUCAUCAGAGAUACCCUAAGCCUAAUGCAUAUUGAAUGUUGCAUAUUAAUUUUAUGUUUGUAAAUAUAUUCUAACCUUUAUUUUACCAAGUAAAACACAUUGAGAUUAAAAAUCUCUUGUACAAGAGCGUCCUGGCCAAGAUUAGGCAGUACACAUAAAUCAUUUUGUGAUCUAGAAUAUAUUAUAUAAAAUACACACUUUAUUACAUAAUAGAUUUAUUUAGAUUAAUUUAUCGAAUUAGUCAAUUCAUUUCAAAGCGAUGACUUUUAUUCUGAAUUGGACUGUGACGUCAUUAGCAUAUGCGCCGCGCUCCGGCGUCUGUUGUGAUUCGGCUGAGAAAAGAAAAACUCUGAAGUUCCAUGUGACGCUAUAUUAAAGAUGGCGUUUAUUAAAGAGGAGAGUGAAGACGUGAAGAUUGAAGAAACAUUCACACAUGAAGACAUCAGGAUUGCUGAAGUGUUCUCGCUGAAACAAGAAGAUCCCGAGGAACAAACAGAUCUGACUGCCGUAAAGGAAGAACCGACUGAGCAGAUUAAGGAAGAACAAGAGUUCAAAACUGAAACCGAAGACUCAGAGACCGAAAAAAGAGACCAAAAGAGUGAUUUCUCGUGCCGACUCUGUGGAAGGAGUUUCAGUAGCAAAAAAAACCUUAAGGUCCACAUGAGAAUCCACACCGGAGAGAUGGCGUGCAAACAGUGCGGUAAGGUAUACAGUCGAAAACACAACCUCAAAAAGCACAUAUGCCGACACAUCUGCAGCACAUGUGGAAUGAGCUUCACGCACAAGACGAGACUCGACGUCCACAUGAGAAUUCACACCGGAGAGAAGCCCUUCACAUGCAGCGAGUGCGGCGUGAGCUUUAAGCACAAGCAGACUCGCAAAAUCCACAUGAGGAUUCACACCGGAGAGAAGCCGUACACGUGCGCUGAAUGCGGAGCCAGUUUUGGGUACAGCCGAAGUCUCAAAGACCACAUGAGAGUUCACGCCGACGUGAACCCCUACACCUGCCACCACUGUGGAAAAGAAUUCUGCCGAAAAGGAUACCUAAACAUCCACAUGAAGAUUCACACCGAAGAGAAGCUUUUGUCCUGCCAGCACUGUGGAAAGUGUUUCUCGUAUCAAAAUGAACUGAAAGAGCAUUCGCUAACUCAUUUCGACUUCUAAGAGGUUUACUUAAAGACAUGACUUGCAGAUUAAUAUGGAGAAAAAAAUGUAUUAGGCCUAAUUAAAUUUUUAAAAAGGCAUAACAGUAAACCAGGGUUUUCAAAAAGCACUUGGAAGCCCCUCAGCUCUAUUUUCACACUUAUUUAAAGGGGACCUAUUAUGCUUAUUUUUACAAGAUGUGAAGUCUCUGAUGUCCCUAGAGAGAGUGUGUGUGUGAAGUUUCACCACAUUAAAUAAUGUCUUAUAACUCUUUAA